AUGGCCCUAAAAUUACCUGUAGAGCUGCUCCGGGUCCCCCCCCGGGCCCUGGGGGGUCAGCGGGGGCCACGCCCGGCGCUUUCACCCAUUUUUUUUAUUCGCUCCAAACGCGACCCCAAAACCCGCGGAAUUCACCCCAAAAACCCCAACUCCCGCCCCUCCCCCUCCCCCGGGGGGUCCCCAAAAUUCCAGAAGGUCCCAGAACGUUCCAGAAGGUCCCGAAAAUUCCAGCAGGUCCCGAAAAUUCCAGCAGGUCCCCAAAUCUUGGGGGGUCCCCGUGACGUCAUUGCCAGCCGGGGCGUCCCCAGGGUCCCAAAAUUGUCCCCAAGGUCCCAAAAUUGUCCCCAGGGGCCUUUUUGGGGUCCCCAAGGUCUUUUUGGGGUCCUCAAAUCCUUCCAGGUGUCCCCAAAGUUCUUUCAAGGUCCCCAAGGUCACUUUGGGGUCCCCAAAAUUGUCCCCAGGGUCCUCUUGGGGUCCCCAAGGUCAUUUUUGAGUCCCCAAAAUUGUCCCCAAGGUCUUUUUGGGGUCCUCAAAGCCUUCCAGGUGUCCCCAAAGUUCAUUCAAGGUCCCCAAAAUUGUCCCCAAGGUCCUUUUGGGGUCUCCAAGGUCAUUUUUGAGUCCCCAAAAGUGUCCCCAAGGUCACUUUGGGGUCCCCAAAAUUGUCCCCAAGAUCCUUUUUGGUGUCACCAAGGUCACGUUGAUGUCACCAAGAUCAUUUUUGGGUCCCCAAAAUUGUCCCCAGGGUCCUUUUUUGGUGUCCCCAAGGUCACUCUGGGGUCCCCAAGGACCUUUUUGGGUCCCCAAAAUUGUCCCCAGGGCCCUUUCUGGUGUCCCCAAGGUCACGUUGAUGUCCCCAAGAUCACUUUGGGUUCCCCAAAAUUGUCCCCAGGGCCCUUUUUUGGUGUCCCCAGGGUCACUUUUGGGGUCCCCAAGGACCUUUUUGGGUCCCCAAAAUUGUCCCCAGGGCCCUUUUUUGGUGUCCCCAGGGUCACUUUUGGGGUCCCCAAACCCCUUUUCACCUCGACCCCUCCCCCUCUGUGACGUCACCUCCCUCCUCCAUGACGUCACCGCCCUCAUCCAUGACAUCAUUCCCCUCCUCAGUGACGUCACCUGCCUCGUCCAUGACGUCAUCCACACCCUCAGUGACG